UGAUAUGCAUCGAUUUUCUCAUUCAUGUUCAAUAGCUACCAUCUUGAGGAUGUGAAAAUUUUGCUCUUGCAAGGUCCAAACACUAACUGUAUGGUACUGGUGGAUUUUGGUGAAGUGAAAAAACCGAUUUUGUCUCGUUACAAACGUACGAUGAAAGUUUAAAGAGUGCAAUAGUAAUACGCGUGCAAAAGGAUAUCUCAAAACCCAAUAGAGUGCAACACUUUGCAAGCUAAAAAAAAUUAAAAUGGCUCCCAACGCUCGUUUGUGGAAGAGAGAUGCCGAGGUGGAUUCCGAUGCGGCAAAGCUUGCGGAUGUAGCCAGUACGCUAGCUACAAAAAUAUUCGGCCACAAGCAAAAGCACCAUACGACCACCACGGAGUCAGAACUGGAGCUGGAAGAAAAUGAAGAUUUCAGCACAGCAUCUCCCACCAAAGGGGAGGCGGAAAAGCUGGGCGAUAAGGCGGCCGAGAUGACGGAGGCGCUAGCGCACGAGAUGGGUAUACCGACCUGGGGGCUAGUGUCCAUCAUCAUCGUCGUAGUACUGAUCAUACUGGGCGUUUGCGGUUUCUGCAUCCGGCGCUGCUUCCGAAAGAGACGAUCCAAAGAUGGCAAGAAGGGCAUGAAAGGAGUUGAUUUGAAAUCGGUACAAUUAUUAGGUUCAGCAUACAAAGAAAAGGUACAACCCGAUAUGGAAGAGCUGACGGAAAAUGCUGAAGAAGGCGAUGAGGGCGAAAGCAAACAAAGUGAGCAAAAGUUAGGCAAACUGCAGUACAAGUUGGAAUAUGAUUUCAAUUCGAACGCUCUCACCGUCACCGUGAUACAAGCGGAAGAACUCCCUGCUCUAGAUAUGGGAGGCACUUCCGAUCCGUACGUCAAAGUGUACCUAUUGCCGGAUAAAAAGAAAAAGUUCGAAACGAAAGUGCAUCGUAAAACGUUGAAUCCGGUGUUUAACGAAUCGUUUACCUUCAAGAGUCUCCCGUAUGCAGAAGCGAUGAAUAAGACGCUGGUAUUCGCUAUAUUCGAUUUUGAUCGUUUCUCCAAGCACGAUCAAAUUGGGGAGGUAAAGGUACCACUUUGCCAGAUCGAUUUGGCCCAAACGAUCGAGGAAUGGAGAGAGUUACAGAGCGUUGAGGGUGAAGGAGGGCAGGAAAAUAAGUUGGGAGACAUUUGCUUCUCAUUGCGCUAUGUACCCACUGCAGGUAAAUUAACUGUCGUUAUCUUGGAAGCGAAAAAUCUCAAAAAGAUGGAUGUUGGCGGUUUAUCAGAUCCAUACGUCAAGAUAGCCCUGAUGCAGAAUGGAAAGCGUUUGAAAAAGAAAAAGACUAGUAUCAAAAAAUGUACACUAAAUCCCUACUACAAUGAGUCGUUCUCAUUUGAAGUUCCUUUCGAACAAAUACAAAAAGUUAAUCUUGUCGUCACGGUAGUGGAUUACGAUCGCAUCGGAACCUCGGAACCAAUUGGAAAGGUUGUGCUAGGCUACAAUGCUAGCGGCACCGAGCUCCGCCACUGGUCGGACAUGCUGGCAUCACCUAGGCGCCCGAUCGCGCAAUGGCACACGCUGAAAGAUCCGGACGAUGAUAAGAAGGAUUAAGCAGCCACAACGAGCAUUUAAAGCAACACCCGCAAGGACGGAGAAGAAAGAAGUACAGUUGGGAUCGAAACCUUCUCCUCUGCCCCCCCCAAAGACCCCAAUCCCCUGACUCCCACACUCCCCCCCUCUAUAUCAGACAGAAAGGUUGGCAUCCAUGCAUGCUUUGACCAUGUGAGAGAGACAGUCACAUGCGUCAACAGUUGCCGCUGUAAAAUAACCUCGACAAAGUUCUUCGGUAUUUUCCACCCUCCCCCCCCCCCCCCCCCCCCGUUCAGCACAAUUUACUGUCCCUGAGUUGAUGCUUUGCUCCUGUGUUUUUUGGAUUAAGUAUACAUUCCACCACAAAACAGAAGUUUAAUGCAACCCAUAUGUUGAAUCUAUUUUGCAACGGCGCAGUACGGAAAGAGGAAGCGCUAGAAAAACUGAUGAACCAAGUUUAUCAAUCUUGUUUUCCCCUAGGACAACGCCACCAAAGUAUCAAAAAGUAGGAAGAUAUCUGUUAACAAUUCGAAACCCCCACUUUUUACGUUUCGAACAACACAGUUUGUGUGUACAGUUUAGUUACGAUUUGAUAAUUUUACGCAAAACCAGAAAAAGUAUUACACAUUCGUUUCGCGGUUCUUUGCUUGUAUCACACACACCACACGCAAAAAAAACACCAGUUUUUCCUCAUUUGGCGCAUAUAUUUCCUAUAUUUCACACGAUCCUAGGUGUUUGUGUGUGUGUGUGUGUGUGAGUGCAUUUAUUAUUACAAAUGAAAUACUAAAUACGUUAAAACGAACAUUAAGAGAAUGCUCUAUAUUUGCAUAAUACAGCAGGAGCAGCAGCAGCAGCAGCAUACCUACACUGGUAAAAAUGCAAGAGCUAAAAAAAAACACACACACAUAUGUUCAUCGCAUCCAAAAGUAAGAUGAAAUGAAAACGAAAUAGAUUAGUGUCAGUCAGUAAAGAAAAAAAGAAAAAAGUACCGUCUGUAUUUCUUGUUGAAUAAUAUAAAAAAAAAACUAUUGACCUAUUUAUUGUUAAAUAAAUAAUCUAACUAAACAUAUUAGGCAUAUAUAACCAUGAAAACAAAACAAAACAAAAAAAAGUUGAUAAUAUCUGAGCAAAACAUAAGAUAUGCGCGCAAGGCAGUAUUUGUACACGAAUAAUAUCAGUUCGGAUUGAAGCAAAACCCAAACCCAAGAUAGCAGAACAGAGGGAUAGUAGUACACGCGGCGACAUUAUAAUAAACGCAUAAAUUAUACACCAUUCCAUUUGUAGCAGUGUAAAUGAUAAACGGGAUUUUAUUAAAUUUUUGCCUAGCAGCGCUUUAUUUACACUAACUGUUAAUAGUUGAUUCUUCCGUUUUAGUUUCGUCGUUAAUCACAAACGUUUGAACGUAUGUGCGUGCGCGUAGGCAUCUAAAUGAGCAUUUUUAAAGGCAUUGAAACCAAAAAGAAGCAAACAAAAAACGUCUGUACGUUCAUUCCAUCCCGCCCCCCACACUUCGAUGAUGAUGUUGGCGAAUGAAGAUGAAGGGUAUUUGACGAUGAAACUAAACAAAACAAAAGAAAGAUUAUUGCGUGUUCAAUGCUGUAGCUGCUAUCGUACGCGAUAGUCAUCGAUAUAUCUUUGUUUCACUCUAUUAUGACUUCACUAAGAAAGGGAGAAAACGUAAGGAUUCCAAAAAUCAAGGAGAAAGCAAAACACACAUUAAAAAGGGAUCCAAUUUCCAAGAUUAAAAAUCUAUGAAUAGCAGACUCUUAGCGCGCUAGCAGAAGAUAGACAACCGGCUUUUACCAACAUAAAUACCGAUAAAAGAAAAGAAAGAUGGAAGAAGAAAAAACACAUCUGGAUCACACUAAAAACGAGUUGAAAUGAAAGAAAGCAAGAUCUUUAAAAGUAUAACAAUAAUUAGACAUGUAUAAGAUAACCUUUACCUUAUCAAGUACACGCAUUGCGAGAGUAUGUAUAUUAAGAUAUUGUAAAUCAAACGCUAAUAAAGUAUUGAAGUGUAAAUUACAACAA